CGGCGAUCUGGCCCUGGGGAUGGUGCUUUGGCGCUGGGAUCCUGCACUGGGGACACUCGUGUGACUCUGGGAAUGGCGAUCUGGCACUGUAGGGGCCCUGGGGAUGGUGCUUUGGUGGCGGGGUCCUGUACUGGGGCCACUGGAGGGGCACUGCGGUGGCCCUGGGGUUGUGGUGCUGGCACCAGGGUCCGGCACUGAGGUCACUGUCCCAAGGGCUUCCCCAAGCUGAAGAACGACACGUUCCUUCGCGCGGCGCGCGGGGAGGAGACGGAGCACACCCCGGUGUGGUGCAUGCGGCAGGCGGGGCGGUACCUGCCAGAGUUUCGGGAGACCCGAGCAGCGCAGGAUUUCUUUGCCACUUGUCGGAGCCCCAAAUUGUGCUGUGAGCUGACGCUGCAGCCACUUAGACGAUUCCCCUUGGAUGCUGCCAUCAUCUUCUCUGACAUCUUGGUGGUGCCCCAGGCGCUGGGCAUGGAGGUUGUCAUGGUCCCCGGCAAGGGACCCACUUUCACAGAGCCCCUGAAAGAGGUGGAGGAUCUGAUGAAACUGCGACAGAAGGUGGACGUGACCGCAGAGCUAGGUUAUGUCUUCCAGGCCAUCACGCUGACACGACACAGCCUGGAGGGCAGGGUGCCCCUCAUCGGCUUCUCAGGGGCACCGUGGACACUCAUGUCCUACAUGAUUGAAGGUGGCGGCUCCUCUACAAUGGCCAAGGCCAAGAGCUGGCUCUACCAGCACCCCGAGGCGAGCCACCAGCUGCUGCGGCUGCUGGCCAACGUCAUCACUGACUACCUGGUGGGGCAGGUGGCUGCUGGAGCGCAGGCGCUCCAACUGUUUGAGUCCCAUGCAGGGCACCUGGGCCCAGAGCAGUUUCAGGACUUUGCCCUGCCGUACAUCCGAGACAUCGCCCAGGCUGUCAAGAGCAAGCUGAAGGAGGAGGCGCUGCCCCUGGUGCCCAUGAUCAUCUUUGCGAAGGACGCGCACUACGCGCUGCGUGACCUGGCCCAUGCUGGGUACGAGGUGGUCGGUCUCGACUGGACCAUCCGGCCCCAGGAAGCUCGUGCACAGACAGGGAAAGAUGUCACCCUGCAAGGGAACCUGGAUCCUUGUGCUCUCUAUGCACCCAAGGAGAAGAUUGGCGAGCUGGUGAAGAAGAUGCUGGAGGCUUUUGGGACCCAACGCUACAUCGCCAACCUGGGCCACGGCCUCUACCCUGACAUGAACCCUGAACACGUGGGUGCUUUUGUGGAGGCCGUGCAUGCUCAUUCCCGUCACAUCAACAAGCACAGCUGAGCCUAGGGCCUUGGGGAUAGAACUCUGGUUUGGGCACAGUCAGCCCAAGCAGUGUGUUGUCACAGGGCUUGCUCCAGGCUGGGCUGCAGCAUUAAACCAGCACCUUUUCCGCAGCAGCCGUGUGGCUCUGGCUGGGGGGACAGGGAACUGGAUGGCCCUGAAGGACAUGAGCCGUUCUGGCAGGCAGCUAGAGGGGCAUGUGGGGACAGGGGGAGCCCCUGAGCCCCAUCCUGUUGGUCAGAAUGGGGAAACAGGGGUGCCAGCACAGUGGGGGAGCUGCCUCUCCUUGCCAGGCUGCACAGUGUCUGUGCCUGCAGGAGAGGACGUGAGCCCAGAGCACAACAGGCAUCUCCUGGCUCUAUGGAUGCACUCAGCUCUGCUAGGGGAGGUGGGCUGCCUGAGGCUGGCAGGGUCACAGCCUAGGAGCUGGGGGCUCACAGCAUAAGCAGUGCCAGAGUCCUGCUCAGGUGGCAAAAGGCAACAUGACAUCAACCCAGGGCAGCCCUUGAGGGGGUGGGAGACACAGAAGUACUCACCUGGGGGCCAACCAGCACCACCCACCCCCUGCCACACUGGUUGGGAUGGCAGCAGAGGCACCAUGGCCCUCGUACCACUAUCACCCUCCUCCAGCUCCGAGUCUCUUUGCAACCAUCCCACCAGUCCUGGAGUUCUCCCCCAUGCACACCUCCUUAUCUCCCUCUGAUUUUCAGAGGCAAGCUUCCCUGGGGCUCAGCAAACCCUGCAGAAAGCAACCCAGGAACUCUGCCACCCCAUCCCACACUGCAGCACACUCACUGUGGUCCAGGCUGGCUACAGGAUGGAUCGAGACGUGGGUGUCAACACUGCCGUAGCUGGCACAGAUAGGGUAGCGCCUUCAGCAUGGGCAGGGACCUGCUAACACCGUGCAUCUCCAGGGAACUGCAGCCAGGACGCCUUGCCCCUGCUCCGUCCCCCUACAGGAGCUGGGUACCACAGGGAGCGGCGAAACUGCCUCCUCCCCGGGGCUCUGCCCAGCAAGAGCGGUGACCCCCUGACUUCAGAGAAAGGCAGGAGAGAGACAGGGGGUAACGUUCAUCCCUUUUAUUAUUAAACAUCAGAUGAAGAGGUCGCACACACACAUACACGCACACACGCAAAAAAAAAAAAAAAGGGAAGGAAAAAAGAGAGAAACAGACUGGUUGAAGACCGCUAUUUCGGUGGCGACAGAGACCGAGUACAAUUGGUUUCCUGGCCGGAGUGCGGACACAAGUCACUUGCCAAAAAAUUAAAAGUCAAACCAGACAGCAGAUAACUAGCCCACGUUCUCUAACUACAAGUCACCAUCCAGACCGGCCCUGGUCCCCCAGCCCUCCCAACCCGCUGGCAAAGAAAUGAACCAAAACCGAAGAGCCACCGGCCCAGGGCUGGAGUCUGCCCUUGGUGCGGGGUAAGCCGGGAAGGGCCGAGCAUUGGCUGCACCACGGAGCUGGAAAGCAGAACGGUGCGGGGAGGUGACGUGGCUGCACCUGCCUCCUCCCUCCCCAGGAGCCAGGCGGCCCUGGUGCCCACCCAGGCACCUCACACCCUGCACCCGCCAGGAGACCGCUGUGUGCGAGGCGAUGGGCUCACGUCCUCCAGCGCCAGCUCCACGUGUGUCCGAGCGAGCAUUGCCCCGAGUCCCUUCCUUCGCUGUCCUCCAGUGCUGGGCUGCUGCUCCUCCUUCCAUCCGUCCGUCCGCCUGUCCCAGGGCUGUGAGUCGAGCAGAUGUUCGCCUCCCCCCACACCCUUCUCGCUGCUGACAAUGCCAUGGGAACCUGAGAAACGUUCGCGUGCCUCCUCCUCUUUUUGUCUGUGGUUUUGUGUAGUUUUUUUUAAAUAAUAGUUAUAAUAAUAAUAACAAUAAUAAUAAUAAUAGCAAUAAUAAAAAUAAUCGCCCCAGCCCACAACAAUUUCAAGUAUCCCCCAAAUAAAAGACAGAAUUAUAAAUAA